UCCCCCUCCCACAAAUCUCCUCUCGUCGCUCGUUAGGGUUAGGUCCCCAUGGCGACGGCGGUGCUCAGAUCCCACGACGCGCUCGCCAACGCGAUGCACCUCGACGCCUUCGCCGCGUCCCCCAUCAAGCCGCGCCGCCGGCGCCACGCCAAGGCCGGCUCGCCGCCGCCCAAGGCCGUCGCUCCGGCGGUUAGUUCGUCGCCGCCCAAGAUGGCGGCGGUUAUUUCACCGGCGCCGAAGCCGGCGGCCGGUCGCCGGUCACCUGCUGCCAAGCCUGCCCGCAAGCAGCCGUCCCCGACCAAGGACGCCCCCGCCAAGCCGCAGAUGGUGGUCCGGAUCUUGAAGCGCGGCGAGGAGCCCCCGGCUCCCGCUCCGGUUCCCGCUCCCGCCCCCGUCCAGGCCCGCGCGCAAGCCCCGCCGGCGGACAGGCGCGUGCGGUCUCCUUCCCCUCCGUCAGCAGCCCCCGUCCAGGCCCGGGCGCAAGCCCCGCCUGCCGACAGGCGCGUGCGGUCUCCUUCCCCGGCCUCCGCACCAGUCCCGGCUCGUGCGCAAGCCUCGCAUGUGGACAAGCGUGUGCUCGGCUUCACCGCCCGGAUCGGCCCCCAGGCACCGGCGGUCGUGCCCACCAAGAGGAUGGUCUCCGUCGCCGCUGUCGCCGCCAACGCGGCGACCUACGCCGGCCCGGCCUUCUCCGUCGCGGCCCCGGAGCCGAGCUCCCUCCCCGUACCCGGAUUCCUGCAGCGCGCCGAGGAAGAGGCCACCCGCGGCCUCCGCUGCCUCCUCCGCAUCGGCGAGCUCUCAUGAUGAAGGCGGUUCCCUCUGCCUGUGCGCCGCUC